AUGGGUACUAAGUUAACAUUUAGUACUGCAUACCAUCCUCAGACUGAUGGACAAUUUGAACGAACUAUCCAAGUUCUCGAAGAUAUGUUGAGAGCUUGUGUCCUCGAUUUGGGUUGUAAGUGGGAAGAUCAUUUGCCAUUAGUUGAAAUGCUUACAACAAUAGCUUCCAAGCUACUAUUGACAUGGCAUCAUAUGAGGCUUUGUAUGGUCGAUGAUGUCGUUCACCAUUAUAUUGGGACGAAAUAUGCUAGAGAAGACACACAUUAUUUGUUGUACAUCUAUGACGUGAUGAGGAUGAUGUUGCUCACAUCAUCUGCAAAAUCUGAAAGUUGUGAUCCUCCUCUUUUAGAGGUGUAUAAAUGCAGUUAUGAUAUAUGCAUGCGGCUGUAUGAAAAAGAGCUUUUGACAGAUAGUUCAUACCUUUACAUUAAAAGUUCAUCUUUAAAAUUGUCAUGCAUGUUGCAGGGUGCUAGCCUCAAUGCUCAGCAACUAGCAGUUGUUUCUGGGCUCUGUGAAUGGAGGGAUGUUGUUUCUCGUGCAGAAGAUGAGAGUGCUGGCUAUGUAUUGCCGAAUAGGACACUUAUUGAAAUUGCUAAACAGAUGCCUCUCACUGCAAUCAAAUUGCGUCUGUUGUUGCGAAAUCUUGGUUCUGUUGUUAGCAUAAUAAGACACUCUAUUCAAAAUGCCCACGCAUUUGAAGAGGCUGCUAAAUAUCUUCAAGAAAGGCGCUUGGAAACAGCAAUUGAAAAGAACACUUUGGUUACUGAAGAAUCUGAGGUGUUGCCUCAAGCUCCUGAAAUAAUCAGUACCAGGGAAGAAGUUGAAAACAUCAAUGGCACUUUACCAAAUGAUAGUAGCAUUUCCAAGAAUGCAUUAGCAUCUAUGGAAUGGAAACAUGAUGUGAAAAAUAUAACAGAUGGCUGUACUGCUACGAGUCAAAGGGAUAUAUUGAGUUUGUCAAAUCCAGCUGAAGAGACUAUUCUGGUGCUAAAGAAGCCAAGUCAAGCUUUUGGGGCUUUGCUCGAGAAUUCAGCUAAGAGGAAGUUUGAUCCUGAUAAGAAAGUGAGUCUUAUGAUGAUGAUAUUAAAAUGGGAAAAUUACCUAGAAACCUACCUUUAA